UUGUAUGUCGUUCGGAGGAUAGGCUGACGGGAUAUCCCUGCGGCUGGCAGUUACGCUGGCGUAGUAAAGAUUGUCUGCGAUCGUUUCCCUCCUGUCUUGGAGAGUCGAGGUGUGGCAGGUGCACCGCAUCCCAUGUGAUUCUAUGCGAGAUGCGAGACAGAGACGGGCUCGGCUUACUGGAAAGGCUACGACGUCUGUGACCGGAAAUCGCUCUGUUCAUCUAUGGAGGAUCAGUCGACUUCGCACAGUGCGUACUUAGCGAUGCUCGGACAUAGCAACAUAUGGUAUGUUGAUCGGUGGGUCGGCGCAGGGCACUUGGCAGAAAUCAAUCAGUCCAAGCUGAAUUCAGCGCAGAGGCUGCACAGGUAGGCUGCAGGGCAGUAUGAGUGAGAAGAGAGAGCGCGACGAGACCCGUCAACGUCGCGAUGAAAAACACGACGCACGUGUUCGCAUCGCCGGCACAAACUGUCGACACUCUCGCCUGGCAUUCAUUGUUCGAUACUGACCCGAGAAGAGCGGCGAGCGCACCUUUGCUUCGCCCAGGUCCAUCCUCUUGUUCAUCCUCUUGUCUCCUUCGACGUCGACUGUCAUCUCACCGAUCGGUCUUCGUUCGCCGUCCAAAUCUCGCGAUCUCCCAAAGCUAUGGCAGCCACCAUGGAGCCCAAGGCCGACUCGAAGAAUCCUCUCAAAGGCAUGCCACUCGGACAAGUGCAGUCUCAUGAUGCUAUGUAUGUGCCAGGAAGAGA